GUAAGGCAUUCGCACGUGCAACAAGGGGGGUCGGUGUUGACGGAUAAGCUUGCGAACCUGGGGUGCAUGGUGCACCAGCUUGCUGUUGAACCUGGCAGUCCUCACAAGUUCUUUAGCUGCGUGGUUGAUGGCUCCGUUUGGCAUUUUGACCUCAGGGAGAAACAUCCCAGGAAGCUCUUUAGUUGUGGUGCGGUUAGAAGUUGCCGGAGGUGAUGAGUACGUACGGUUGUAUGAUGCCCGUAAGAUUGAAAUGGAAAGGUCUAAAUUUGGCCUCCCGGUUGAGCAAUUCUGCCCUCAACAUUUGGUUUCCGAGAAGGGAGAUGUGAUCACUGGUUUGGCUUACUCACAGACCGGCGAGCUUUUAGCAUCCUAUCGUAACGACAGCAUCUACCUUUUCGAGAGAGAACAUGGGUUGUACUUCAACGAUUUUGACGAAUUUCACAGUGAGAAGUUACCUGUACCUCGGAGCUUCAAGGGACACCUGAACAUGCAAGUUCUUAGAGGUGUUAGCUUCCUUGGUCCCAACUGUGAGUAUGUUGCCUCUGGAUCAGACUGUGGCCAUGUAUUUAUUUGGAGAAAGAAGGAUGGGGAGCUUAUCCGAAUGUUGAAAGGAGAUACACGGAGUGUGAACUGCGUUGAACAACACCCUCAUGAGAUUGUUAUUGCAAGUUGUGGCACCAAUACAGACAUCAAGAUUUGGGCACCUGGUGAUAGUGAGAACCCCUCCACUGCUCCCCUUGAUGAGGACUUUGUUGACGAAGGUGACUAUAUGUUAUCCGCGCGUUAUGAUUCAUCGUCGUCUGAUGAGGAUGAGGAUGAGGAUGAGGAUGAGGAUGAGGAUGAUGAUGAAGAGGAUGACGACUAUGGCGAUGAUGAUGAAGAUGAGGAUGAUGGCGAAAUUUGGACAGAUAUAGAGAUGCAGAUGGGGAGAAACUUACUGAAGCCGAUAGCGGAUAUAUGAAUGGAAGUAUGAUGAGGGUAUCGUUGGCAUUAUAGUGAGGAUGGAGAUCGUGUGAAGCUAUUAUUUCUAUCUAAGAGGUGAUUUUAGGGAAUCUAAGAGUUGUUCUUGGUUUCCUCUUGUGUGAUUAGUUAGGUUGUGUAUUGUUAGGUUACCAUCAAGUGCUUCCUCUUCACUCUCUAGCAGAACCAUUUUUUGUAUAUAUUCUUUUUUUUAUGUGACACUGUAUAUAUUCUUUGUUCUAGUUGAUUGUUCUGAUGUUAAAUUAAUGUUCCCAGACCGCAAUUA